AUGAGUGAUGCAGAGACAAACUUGGCGUGGAGUUUCAGUGAUGAUACUCACUCAGGGUUCACACUUCCUGAUCUAUACUUGUCAGAUGAAUGGAUGGACGAUGAUCUUGUCUCUGCGGUUUCCGGGAUGAGUAAUUCUUAUGGUUAUCAGAUCAGUGAUCAUGAUGCUCAUGCUUCCUCUGUUUUGUUCUCUGGUUCCUCUAGCAGUUUCAUUCAUCCCACAUCUCCAAGUAGUAUAUCUUCUGUUGCUGCUGCUACAACCACUGCUUCUCCCGAAGGAAACCAAAUAAAGAAAGAAAAGAAGAAAGUUAAAGAGAGAGUUGCAUUCAAGACAAAAUCUGAUGUGGAAGUGCUUGAGGACGGAUUCAAGUGGAGAAAGUAUGGGAAGAAGAUGGUGAAGAACAGCCCACAUCCUAGAAACUACUACAAAUGUGCAGCUGAUAGCUGUCCAGUGAAGAAAAGAGUUGAAAGAGAUAGAGAUGAUCCUAGCUUUGUGAUAACAACUUACGAGGGCUCCCACAAUCACACAAGCAUGUACUAAGG